AUGCUGAACUGGAAAAUCCAGAUACCUCUCCUCUUCGUUGUCGGCUUCGCUUCUGGUCUUACGCAUUUUGCCAAGUUAUCACUUGACGCCCCUACCGGCACUCUUAUUUCCAGAGCUUUCCCGGAUGCGCCUAAUGGAUAUACACCAGAAAAAGGACAAUGCCCGUCGCCUAAUCCAAGCUUGCGUACUGCGGUAAACAUUAGCCAGCACGAAAUGAAUUGGUUACAGAAGCGUCAAGGCAAAAGAUUGAAGGCGAUGCAGACCUUUCUCACGCGAGUGAACGUUCCGGACUUCAAUGCUACCCAAUAUUUUGCGAAGAAUCAGCCAGCAUCUCUUCCUAACAUCGGGAUCGCGUUUUCAGGAGGCGGCUACCGAGCUCUGCUCAACGGAGCCGGGGCGUUUACUGCAUUUGAUGAACGGGCGACUAACUCGACUGCGCCAGGCCACCUAGGCGGACUCGUGCAAUCAACUACAUAUAUUUCUGGCCUUAGUGGUGGCUCCUGGCUGGUCGGAUCAAUUUAUACGAACAAUUUUACUACCGUGACUGCACUGCUGGAUUCUAAUGCCAGUGGUGUUUGGGAAUUUGAUCAAUCAGUCCUGAGCGGACCUACAGGUGAUGCGGGCUACUUUCGGCAGCUCCGCCAAAAUGUAGAUGGCAAAGAGGAGGCAGGAUUCCCUGUUUCAAUUACUGAUUACUGGGGUCGUGGGCUGUCGUACCAACUGGUGAAUGCUACCGAGGGCGGGCCCGCCUAUACGUGGUCAUCUAUCGCUUCAACAACGCAAUUUGUUGAUGGAAACGUGCCAAUGCCGAUUAUUAUUGCUCUUGAACGAGCACCCUCAGAGCAGAAUCUAACAUUAAAUUCAUCAGUUUACGAGUUCAACCCAUGGGAAUUGGGUACAUGGGACCCAACAACCUACGGCUUUAUGCCUCUUGAGGUUCUGGGCUCGAAUUUCACAAAUGGGACGUUAGCAAGUGACAUUUGCAUAUCCGGAUUCGAUAAUGUCGGGUUCAUCAUGGGCACAUCUUCAUCCUUGUUUAACCAAGCCCUGCUUCAAAUCAACAACACCGAUAUUCAACGCACGUUGAAGAGCCUCACUACUUCACUUCUACAAAGUCUCAAUGACUCGUCGAACGAUGUUUCAGUGUAUGAGCCCAAUCCGUUCUUCGGUUUCAAUAAAGCGAGCAAUCGUAAUGCUCAAGCAGAGGCUCUCGUCCUUGUUGACGGUGGCGAGGAUCUGCAAAAUAUCCCCUUCUACCCGCUCCUACAAGCCAAUCGCAAAGUCGACAUUGUCUUCGCCAUUGACAGCUCGGCAGACACACCGACACGGUGGCCCAACGGGACCAGCAUGGUGGCGACCUAUCAGCGCAAUAGCAACUCUUCAACAAUUUCGAAUGGGACUGCUUUUCCCUCCGUUCCAGAUCAGAACACCUUUGUCAACCUAGGCUUAAAUGGACGGCCCACCUUUUUUGGCUGUGAUCCAACUAAUAGCACGGGCGAGCCUCCGGCUCCGUUGGUCGUCUACAUUCCAAAUAGCCCAUAUAUCUACAUGUCGAACAUCUCGACAUUAACACUUGAACUAAAUGACACUGAACGGGACAAGCUGGUGCUGAAUGGAUACAACGUGGCUACCAUGGGAAACUCGACCGAAUGGGGCAUUUGCAUUGGCUGCGCGAUCAUUAGUCGCAGCCUACAGCGAACUAAUACGUCGGUGCCCAGUGCGUGUGUGGACUGUUUCCACCAAUAUUGUUGGAAUGGCACCGUCAAUGCGACUACCCCAAUGGUUUAUGAACCGCGUCAGAAGAUACAAUAA